GAAUCUUUUCAGGGGAGCCUUAGGAAAAGACAUUCUGACAGCCGGAUCCGCCGCGGCCACCAAACGCCUCUGCAAACUGUCCGCUCGCCGAGAUUCAAAUUCACGCCAGCUUCCCCGCGUCGGCCAAUCAGAAGACAGAGACCUAGCCGAGCCAGCCGAAAGGGGCCGAGGAGCAUGCGCACGAGGUUUGUGCCGCGUCCAAUCGGGAGGACUGUAACUUUAAGCAGACAGCCAAUGACAGACUGCUGCUGGUCGCCUCCGCUACGGCUCCAGCCAGUCCCGUCCGGCGUUACUUAAGCUGACUCACAGUUCGCGCAAGCGCACUUCACAGGCGCCCUGCCGGCGAUUCCGUGUUUUCGGCGUCACACAGGUUAAAAGGUCGCGAGCGCCUGUCUCCUUUGUUCCGGCGUCACCGGGCUUGGGAUGUCGACGUCGCCGGGCUUCGGUUCUUUCACCCCAGGUCUCGCGAGUGUCCUGAAUGGGCGCUGAAAGGGAAAAAUCUGCACGCUCGGACGCGCCAGCUUGGUCUCCUGCGCAUGUGCGGUGACCUCAAAUCGCAUCCCGCCCGUGCCGUGUUCACUCGGAGCCUUGUCCCCGCGUGGCUUCUGGAGAAUGUCUGCCCCGUUUGAGGAGCGUAGUGGGGUGGUCCCGUGCGGGACGCCGUGGGGCCAGUGGUACCAGACCCUGGAGGAGGUGUUCAUUGAAGUCCAGGUGCCUCCGGGCACUCGCGCGCAGGACAUCCAGUGCGGACUGCAGAGCCGGCAUGUGGCUCUGGCCGUGGGUGGCCGUGAGAUCUUCAAGGGGAAAUUAUUUGAUUCUACAAUUGCUGAUGAAGGAACAUGGACUUUGGAGGAUAGAAAAAUGGUCCGUAUUGUCCUGACAAAGACCAAGAGAGACGCUGCAAACUGUUGGACUUCUCUUCUAGAAUCUGAAUAUGCAGCUGAUCCCUGGGUACAAGACCAAAUGCAGAGAAAACUUACAUUAGAGCGGUUCCAGAAAGAAGUAAGUCAGGUGCAGCUGUGAGUAUGUAGAGUUACACGAUCCAAAUGCAGGUAUUCGUUCAUAAGCCAUUACACGAAGUAGUUAAAAA